CGAACAAUAAGAUUGACAAUUGUCAUAAUUUUAUUUUUUUGAUAGAUAUUAUGUUAUAUAAUUAUUUUAAAAAUUAUACUUUUUUCGUUAUCUCGGAAGGGGGCUAUAGAGAUUCAUAAUGAGUACAUGGAGAAUGGCUGGAUUAAACUACGUCAAUUACUCAAACAUAGCGGCGAAUACUUUACGAAAGUCAUUGAAAACUGAACACAGGGAUGCGGCGAUAAAGCGGGGGAUACCCACCGUCAAAUAUUAUUAUUGGGAAAAUGGACAAAUGUUAGCUCAUGGGCAGAAGCUGAAAGUGGUAGAAAAAGAAAGAGUUGCAGCGAAAGCCUGACAUCUAUCUGUAAUGGUGUCGAAAUAUUGCACCAAAAUAAAAUUAUAUUGUAUUAAUAGAGGUGUAAUAUUAAGAAUCUACAACAUGUAACUUAAAUAGCGCACACCCUGAAAAUAAUUUGUUCAGAAUCGUUAACUGAAUCGAUUUAUAUAAUUUUUAUAGGUUAUU